CCACAUUCUCCACACACAUGCUUUCACUUCAGUUUUGGUGGCAAUUUCAGUUCCAAGUUCAGUACGUUUCCGUGUUAGUUUUGGUUCCUUAGUUUUCCCGACACGCUGACGUCAUGAAAGAAGGAAAAUGAAAAUAAAAGUCUGCCCCUUGCCUAUGAUGUGAGAAUCUGCAGUGUCUGGGAAAGACAUCAUGGAAGAAAUCAAAGCACAACUUUCGAAGCUCACCGUAGAGGAAUUACGGUCAAAGCUUACGGCAUGCGGUCAAAAACCGAUCCCAAUUACCAAGACAACUCGUAAACUAGUGGAACGCCGCAUCGCUAGCUACCUAUGGGAGCAACAAGGAGGAGGAGAGGUAGAGAAGGGAACCCAAGCAGGUCUCAGCGACGCUGGAAGUCAUGUUAAUUCAACAGAUGCUGGGUCAGGAACAUCGUCAAAUCCCACACACACUGAACAAUCUAGACUUACUUGUAGGUCACAAGCAGAUGUUGAUGCCGUCUGCAAUGAGCAAAAUACCCCCCAAAAGGGAAUCCCUGUCAUUACAAACUACUUUGCAGUUUGUAUUCCAUCUAAGAUUGACACCAAUAGUGCUGGAGUUGAUGAGCAAGAUUCGACAAAUGCAGUGAAAACUUCAGAUGAGAUUCUAAUCUACCAGGAUCGCAAGGAGGCUCUGACCGUUGCCAAGAAGAACAAAGGGGCUCGGUUUAAGGUCUUCAAGACGAAGGAAGAGGCGGAAACAUUCGCUAAGUCAAAUCAGGAUCUCAGUACACCCAAACCACCCUCAGAAGCUUCGUCAAAUCAGCCCUUUGCCGAAAAGGCGGUCGGCAACUUCCGUUCCGUCAAGCCCCAAGAUCUAGUCGUGCUGCGGCGCGUCAUCGAACAAAGCAACGAGACAAAGUUUAGGGAGAUCGUGUGGAGUAACCCUAGAUACCUACUCAAUGCUGGGGAUACACCAACAAUCUUGCAAGAAGGGUCUCGGUAUAAUGCAAUGCAUAUCGUAGCCAAGGAGAACCUCGCUGGUAUGUGCGGCUUGAUUCUAGAUACCCUGGAGAAUCCAGAGUUUAUUCUCUUGAUGUAUCCUGACGACCCAGUGGAGACACUCAACAAUAGGAGGGAGUACCUCGUUGAUUUGUACCUGAACUCGCCGGACAAAGGGGUCGGAGAAACUCCACUUCAUUUUGCAUCUAAGUUUGGCAACGUAGAAGUUACUGAACUUCUAGUUAACCAUCCACAAUGUGAUAAGAGUCUGAAAAACAAGUCCGGGCAAACGGCUAGUCAAAUUGUUUGUUCUUGGAGUAAGGCGUCUGGUGAUGCACUUACAAAGCAACAAGAAACAAUUAAAGACCUACUGAGUGUUCACUACUAUGUACCGUUGUUCAGAUCGGCAGACAACUGUACGCAGCCGUACAUUGGUGAGCCAUGGUCACCUGAUCUACCUGAGCCCCUAUCAAGCCCUCUCUUUGAUUUCAGACUUACACCUGACAGUCCGAUUGAUUCUGUCUUGUCACUGCACGCAUGCGCAGGUCCCAUGUCUCCAUCAGAGGCUGGAUGUUUUAGAAGAAAUCUUCACACUCCAUCAUCGACAGAGAGGAGACGAGUGGGAAGAAUUAAACGAGCCGAUGAAGAGAAAGGCCUGGAAAGAAUUGGAAGGGAGUUAGCGGGCAAAAUGAAGGUGUCGUGGUCGGAGUACUGGAACUUUCUGGAUGAGUUUGUGGACAUCACGUCGACCAAGGGCUUACAGAAACUUGAAGAAUAUCUUGCUGGGAAGUGGUCUUCGACUGGCGCAGACAAUGCAGGUAUAAGAAAGGAGGCCUUGGAAGAUAAACUAGACAAGUCAGGUGUGUCGAUACAAACAGAGGAUUCUUCAAUGACGAAGCUCCUUGGAGGAUUGGAGAGACUUCACAUUGGCAGUACCAACGAGACUGGUGAUGGACAAGAAAGUGCCAGAGGCGUUAGUUCAGGCACAGGGCAACGCGGAAGUGAAAACAAAACAAGUAGAGACGGUGAAAAUCAAACGGCACAGUGCACAGUUAGAGGAUUAAUCACUCUGCCCGAUUCAGAUAAAAAUGCAAUGUCUGGCGCCUCAGGAAAGGGAUUAAUUGUUGAGGAUGACUGUGAAGGGAAUUUAAGAGAAAGGACGGUUAAACCAGCUGAUAAGUUAGAGGUGGAAAUUGUGCCCUGUCAAGCUGGGAGUGAUGAGAGGAAAUUAACAAGUACUUGCCUUCAUCGAGGAGAGAGUGAGGUAGAUCGUGAAUCACCCUCAGAUGACGAUUGGUCAGAUAGAGAGAGGAAUGUUGAGGUAGUUAAUACCAUCAGUACUGAUGAAACAUCCGCAAUGUCGGUAGACCCAUCCAGUGAAUCUACAGAUUCAAAUCCAACUGCCACAUCAAAUGAAAGCAGUGGGAUUGGUGAACACCAUGGCAAUACGAGAGGUGGUGAGUUCGACGAAAGCUCACAAGCAGAGCUUAGUAAAAGCAGCUCGUUAACAGAAGCAAGUUUUAUGCAAGUGGACGAAAGAAGUCCUAACAGCACCGAAGCACCGAAUGAGGAAGUUAGUCUACUUGAUUUGCGGCAGGCAUCGGGAAGUCAGGGAAACAUUGACGGCGGGUCGCAUCGAGGAAAUGGCGAUGGGAGGGCAGAGGUUUUCAGCACUCCAAAGAUGAUUCCGUCAAGAAGAAACGCCGCUGGCGUGAGAGGUGCAAGAGACGGGGCUUGCUUCAUUUUAGGGUCCAAGCCCACAAAGACAGACCUUCAUGUAUGGAGGGCAUUGGCAGAAGUUGAGAUACCAGACCGCUAUCCUUGGAUCCGAUUGUGGAAGCAGCUCGUCAGCUCAGUGCCUGGUGAAACAAGAGACAGAUGGCCCACACCAGCCAGAUGUUUUACGUCCAGGGUACCCUUUGAGCGUCCCUACCAGACUUCCUCCCCUCGGCGCCUUCAUGGAAUCAACCCCAUCUUCAGUGGCUCUCCGUUAGGUCUCCGCGCUCGGCAUUUCUCGGAGCCCACUCAUCGCUCCAGAGAGGGCGGCGGCUUAAGACUGCGGCAGGCGAGCUUCGAUGUAAGGGAGUCUCUCGGUGGUCUGAAAGCUAAAUUAUUCCAGGAAUAAUUAUGUUCUGCUGAGGUUUUUUUUGGUUUUGUUUAGAACCUUCCGUGAUUCACAAAAGUCAUAUAUUGCGCCACAGCACCUUGUAAACCAUUACCUGGUGCUAUGUAAAUAAAGUGGGUCUCAUAAUUCAAACAAAGU